GCUUUAGGGGCGCGGCCGUCCAUGUCACGGGGGGACUCCGUCUGACGAGCACGCCGACGAGGAGGUCCGACACGACGCCACCAUGGGGCAGAAGAACCAGUACCGCGGCCUGGUCGCGGACCUCAUGCCCAACAUCCGGGCCAUGCAGAUCACCGGGCUGUACUGCAUGGAGUACCACGCCGAGAACUCGGCCAUGCAACGCCUCAUGCGCAAGGCGUACUCGCUCUUCCACGUGACCAUGAUGACGCUCGGCUACGCCACGCUUGUGGCCUUCCUGCUCACCGAGUCGUACAACGUGGAGGACUGGGCGGCGCACACCGUCACCACGCUCUUCUUCCUGCACUCGCUGUGCCGCACCUUCUGGUUCAUGAGCAACACCAAGAG